AUGGAGCUUAUCGGCCCCGCCCCGCCUCCGCAUCGCCAGCAUUCGCAAGCAAAUGGCGAUCUUGGCCCUGCGCCUGCUUACACGGUCGCUACCGGGCGGCCAGUCUCGCCGCCGCCGGCGUAUGAAGCGCAUCCGCCGCCACCGCUACCGGCCGCAGUCGGCGAGAAGGGCAAGGAGAAGGCGCAAGCGGCGAUGGCGGACCGUCUGGAGCGAAUCCAUGCCACGCUGGACGCUGUCCGCGUCGAUCCGCUCCUGCCUGACGCGCUGCCGAGGGGGCGGCUCUCGCCGCGCGCCGAGGAUGCACCCGGUGCACUCCUCCAAGCUGUGCCGAACAACGAUGCGCCUCGGGCGAGCCAAGGCCGGCCGGCGGCGACGAUGCGAGUUCCGGUCGGCAUCGACGACACAUUCGGUGGCAUUGCGCUGCGGUUUGGGCUCUCGCGUCGCGAGCUUGUUGCUCUCAACCCGGGGCUGCGCGCGAGUCAGCUCCAGGCCCGGGCGACCGUCGUCGUCCCUUACCGCGAGUUGAGCAGCGAGGACACGUCAGCGCUGGCACAGGCGGCUGCGCCGGCACGGGCUUCCAAGAUCGACGCUGCAGUGGCAAGCUUUGUGCGGGCGACUCGCGCGUCGAGCGAGGACGCUGUAGCAUAUUUGGCGUGCGCUGACGGCGACGUGGCUGCCGCCAUCGCCGAGUUCCAGGCCGACGCAGCGUGGGAAGCUGACCAUCCGCUGACAUGAAGGGCAAGGCACGCAGCGCGACUUUACACAAAGAGGGAAGAGGACGACAGGAGAAGACUAAGAUGGAGAGGACUGAGCAAGGCAUAGCCGCGAUGACUGGUCGCGACAGCGCCGGUGCACAGCAGUUAGCGGUUCUUCUUCUUCGGGCCACGCGGCGGGGUCAUCGGGCGCCCCUGCGCCAUGCCGCCGUAGACAUACU